UCAUCUCCUUCGACCCUUCUCCACGGCGCUUCCAAAGCCCGGCGCCCAUGCGACUCCUACAAAUAAUCACGGUCUCGAUCGAUCAGACAAUUAACCUUACCAGCUACUACUACUCUGUAUAAUCUGCCUCUGCGAAAAUGGCGGGGCCGUGUCUUAACAAUCUCCUCGUCCUCCUCUGCAUUGCCAUGGCCAUUGCCUUGGUGGCCAACGCCAGCGACCCGGACAUCCUGACGGACUUCGUCGUGCCGGCCGGCACCAACUCGUCCCUCCUCAACGGCACCUUCUUCACCUACGGCGGCCUCGUCACCGGCAACCCAGCCGACCCGGCCAAGUUCUCCGUGUCCAAGGCCACCGUCGCCGAGUUCCCGGCGCUUCUCGGGCAGUCCGUCUCCUACGCCUCCCUCUUCUUCGGCCCCGGCACCGUCAACCCGCCCCACAUCCACCCCAGGGCGUCGGAGCUGCUGUUCGUGGUGAAGGGCCCGUUGCAGGUGGGGCUGAUGGACGAGACGGCGCUCAAGGUGUACGAGCAGACGCUGCAGACGGGGGACAUGUUCGUGUUCCCGAAAGGCAUGGUGCACUUCCAGUUCAACGGUGGCGCCGAGCCGGCGCGCGCCUUGUCGGCGUUCGGCGGCGCCAGCCCCGGCACCAUCCCGCUCCCCGCCGAGCUCUUCGAGUCCGGCAUCGACGACGCCGUCCUCGAGAAGUCGUUACACACCGACCAUGACACCGUGGAGGCGCUCAAGCACGACCUCGCGCCGUCGCCGGCCGCGCCCAUGCCGGCGAUGCCGCCGAUGGAGCCGCCGCCCGCGAAGAACGGUGCUGCCACGGCGUGCCGCUCCGCCGCGCUCGCGCUGGUUCUUUGCUUCGGUGCCGCCUUGUUGCUGUGAGCCGUGGAUUGAGAUUUUAUAUUGGAGAACGUAUCUCCAAGUACAAGUUGUUUCCGCCGAUCGCGAAUAAGCGUGGAUCGAUCACCAAUAAGCUGAUAUAUAUAGAAUCCGUGCCCUGUUCGUUU